AUGGCUCCUCAGCUUUCGGUCAACACUCUUAUUCUCUUCGUGGUCUUCGGAGGAAAUAUGAUUCUCAAAAAGAACUUUGACUCGAGGGUAAGCCUUGCCAACCACUGAAUAAUAUCAUAAGCGUUCAGGACAAUGUGGACAGUCUACACCACUCCGCGGAAUGUGUCCAGAAAAUUAUCGAACCACUGAUGGUCGGCAAUCUCUGGCAGUUCUGGGACCGCUUCCCGUACGUCGUCAAUAAAUGCUCUCCGACUCUGAAAGACGUCACCCUCGGCGCGUUUCCGAACACGGACGAGCUCAAGUACCACUAUCUCCCACUUCGAAAAGCCGCGAAUUGUUCGAUUAUCUCGCUCGGCAUCGGGAAGGACGUAAAAGCGGAGAAGCGAAUGAAGAGCGUGCUGCCAGAUUGUGAGUUCUUCGGCGCGGAUCCGGUCGACGAGGACAACAACGAGCUGUUUUCGGACUUUGGCAAGUUUUAUAAUAUGGCGGUCGGCGAUCGAAACGGCAGCUUCCGUUCGUACGUUUUGGAAGAAAUCUAUCGGUAUCAAGAGGUUCUCACUAUCGAUUUGGCCACGUUUAUCAGAACAAAUGUGGGUCUCGAAUGGUGUCAAUUAAUUGUGUGUUAAUUUGAUUGGCAGGUGAAACAGAAAACCAUCGAUCAGUUGAUGGUCGACAUUGAGCACGCCGAGUACCCGGUCUUUCCGUUCUUCGAGGAGAGGGGACAGUUGGAAGAGUGGGGAAUUCAUGUGUGCCAGAUCAACAUUGAGAUCCAUAGUCCGACGGACGAGGAUCGCGAGACUUUCGCCACGUUUUUGAAGAAAAACUUUCUGUCACAUCAGUGGAUUUUCAUCAACUCUGAAAUUCAUCCUCUUUUGAAGCAUAUCAGGUUCUACAGGGUUCUUUUUGAACAUUCAUUUUCAAUUUCAGACUGUUCAUGGUGAACGGACGGCAUCCAGAGUGCCUUCGGAGGUACUUUCAGAAGGGAGAAAAGACGAAGAUCAGAGACCACAGUGGCGAAGAUCAAUUUUCAUCGUGA